CCAGUGAUGCGCGCCGCGCGGAGUCGCACGCACCAGCCCGCAGCCGCGCACAGCGCGCCCCAGUGCCCGAGUGCCGAGCUCGCCGCGCGCCGCGAGUGCCCGACAGUGCCGUGCCUAGUGCAGUGCCGCCGGCGACAGCUCGCCAGUGUAGUUCAGUGACACAGUGCCAGUGCGUGGACUGGGCUCUCUCGCCCGACUCUUCCCUUAGGUACAUCCGUACUUGUUGGUACAUACAACAACGUCUAGGCUCCAAGCGAGGACGCAUUAGUCGCAUAGGUGACAGCGCGGCGGCGGCGCGGCGGCGGCGCGGCGGCAUGGCGCGCGCGCGCGGCCGGCGGGCGGCAUGGCGGUGAGCUGCCCCGAGGUGAUGUACGGCGCCUACUACCCCUACCUGUACGGGCGCGGGGCCGCGCGCUCCUUCCACCACGCGCCGCACUUCCAGUACGACCGGUUCAACGUGCAGAGCGGGGCGGGCAAUGCUGGCAGCGAGGCUUACAGCGGCGGCGCGGCGGCGCUCAGCUCGGGCUCCGCGUCCUCGGGGGCGCAGUCCCCGGGCAGCCCGCCGCACGCGCACCUCACGCACCACGCCGCGCGCCUGCGCACCAAGGAGGAGGACCUCUCCGCGCACGGCCGCGCUAGCGCCGAUGGCGGCGGGUCCUCGGAGUCGGAAGGCGAGUGCGGCGGCGCGGGCGCGGCGCGUGCGCGCGCGCAGUACGUCAGCGCCAACUGCGUCGUGUUCACGCACUACUCGGGCGACGUGGCCGCCGUCGUGGACGAGCACUUCGCGCGCGCUCUCUCGCUGGAUAAACCCAAAGAGAGCGUGCCGAUGGUGUCGCGCAACCUGCCCGCCUCCUUCUUCAACGCGGCGGCGGCGGCGGGCGUCGGCGUGCCGCCCGGCGGCGCCUGCGCCGGCGUCGACAUCUACGACUACGACCCCUGGCACCAGCACUACACGGGGUACGGGCACGCGGCGCACCGGCACGCGGCGGAGUACCACGCGGCGGCGGCGCACCACAACAUGGCGGCGGCGGCCGGCUACGGCGGGCUGCUGCUGGGCCGCGGCUCGCUGCACCACCAGUACAAGCCCGUGGACUGGCCGGCCGCGCAGCACCACUCGCACCACCUCGACCCCGCCGCCUGCUCGCCCUACUCCUACCCCGCCGUGCCCGGUCUGGAGGCGCAGGUGCAGGACACGUCCAAGGACCUGUACUGGUUCUGAGGCAGCAGCGAGCUGCCGGCGGCCCGCGGCGCGCGCAGUUACCCGGUGGUGAGACAUUACUAGUGCCGGCACUGACCGUAACUGACGGUGGUACCGCGCUCGGACACUACUUGACAGUGAAUUAGUGAUCAAACGUCGCGGGUGCAACUAGGACAUUGUGCAGCUUUCGUCACAGACUGGUGGUGAUGUCGCGCCGGGCAGUGCACGGCCCGGUGCAUGUGUGCGUGCGCUCCGUAGUACUAUACAAGCAGGUGUGUGUGUGUGAGUUAGCACUGGACAGGCGAGCGUGCAACGUGCAACACUAACAGCUCGCAGUCAACGCCUCGACACAACAAGUCAUACAUACAGACACGUUGUGUACCUUUCCCUAAUGAAAAUUGUAUUAGAUAGAAUUAUAAAAUUAAUAAAAAGGAAAUUUAAGAAUUGUUCUGAAACAUAAAUACCAUGCAACAUAGGUAUCUAAUAACCAAAGUAAAAGUGUUCAACUGUAAGUAUUUAAUGAAGUGAUGUUUAAUGUAAUUAGGUAGAGUAUUGUAUCAUGUUAGAUAAUACAUUUGUUGCGUGUGUGUGUGAGACAUGCUUCACUCACGCACACGAGGAGGGACACAUUACAUACGUUAAUAUACUUGCGGUUGAAUUUCGAUUACUGGCUUAUUUUCAUUAAAGUAUUCCACAAAGGGCAGUGAACAAGAAGUAGUUACCUGCGUUAGCAAGUUUGAGCGUAUUCCGGC